AUGCGAGAUCUAGCCCAUCAGCAGAUAGUCGAAACUGAAAGACGAAAUGGUUCUAUGGAUAGUUCACUUGAAAAUCGUAUUAUUAUUAAUAUAAGUGGAGUUCGUUUCGAAACAUUCAAAUCUACUCUGGAAGUCUAUCCAAAUACGUUGUUAGGCAAUGCAAAGCGACGCAAAUAUUAUUAUGAUAAUGUUCUUGAUGAAUAUUUCUUUGAUCGUCAUCGAGGAUGUUUUGAAGCUAUUCUCUAUUAUUAUCAAUCGAAAGGUCGAUUACGUCGAUCGAAUUCAGUACCACUCGAUACAUUUCUUGAAGAAAUCACAUUUUUUGAUAUGGGUCAAGAUGCUCUUGCUCAAGUACUCAAAGAUGAAAAUUUGAAAGAGGUUGAAAAAGCUCAAUUACCUCGAAAUCGUUGCCGCCGAUAUAUUUGGGCUACCAUAGAAUAUCCGGAAUUUUCAUUCAUCGCCAAACUAUUUAAUAUAAUUUCGUUAAUUAUUAUUUUUAUCUCUACGAUUACUUUGGCACUCGAAUCUUUGCCACAAUAUUCCCAAUUAUUGGAAGACACAUUUAUGAUGAAAGUGACUGUUAUGAUUUUUACCAUUGUUAUGGCAAUAUUUUUAAUUAAUAUUAUUAAUGGUAAUCCAGUGAAACGCUAUUCUAAUCAUUUAUUCAAAUCAAGACUUGCAUCUUUAUUGGAAGAAAAACGACAUGCAUCAUUCGAUGAUUUUCUAGAAGUAAUGGAACCCAAAGCAUCAAAACAAAAAGUAUAUUUUCGCGAUGAAGAUGAAAGAGAUGAAAAUGAUUAUCUACAAAGAAAUGUUCGUAAGGUGAUUGGUUUAGCUGAUAAUCCAUUUUAG